UCAAUAGGGUUCCUCUCUCUCUCUCUCUCUCUAGAAAUUCAUCAAACGGAGCGGCCCUCUCUCUCCUCGCCCUCCCCCGCUCCUGGCAAUCUCUUUCGAUUCUCUCUCUCUCCAGAUAUACAUACACAAGCGCACAUGUAUCGAAUUAAUUAUACCCUUGAUUCUCUUCGUUGUCUCUGUCCACUGACCUCACACUCUAACCCCCUUCAACCCUAACCCUAAUCCUCAAAUCCUCCCCGGAAAAAUCAAUUCUUUACCCUCCAUCUCCGUAUUUACCUCAUCGCAUCAAAUGAAGGUCGCCAAUUUGGACCAAAACCCAGUCCCAGACGAGGAUCGCUCCAAACAAGUCUCCGAAAGCCCCGAAAAAUCGGAACUUUCCGACCCCGACUCGACUGCCGAAGAUCACGCCAAUCACGGCGCCGUCCUCGAUGUCUCCGGCAAAAACCUCGACUUUUCAGUUCCGAAGGGGUCAGAGGACUCGAUCGAGGGGUUAUACGUGUACAAGAACGUGUUCAACUUGAUUCCGAAGUGGAUGGGGGGUUUGGGCCGGUUGAAGACGCUGAAGUUUUUCGGGAACGAGGUGAAUUUGUUUCCGGCGGAGUUUAGGAACUUGGUUGAGUUGGAGUGCUUGCAGGUGAAGGUGAGUGCUACGCCGAGCGUGGGCGGGUUGGAUUGGGGCAGGUUGAGGGGUUUGAAGGAGCUUGAGCUCUGUAAGGUGCCGCCGCGGCCGUCGGCGUUUCCUUUGUUGAGUGAGAUCGCUGGGCUCAAGUGUUUGACGAAGCUCUCUGUUUGUCACUUCUCUAUUAGAUACCUUCCUCCCGAAAUUGGCUGCCUUAAAAGCUUGGAGUUUCUAGAUCUUUCAUUUAAUAAGAUAAGGAGUCUGCCAACUGAGAUAACUUAUUUGAGUUCAUUGAUAUCAUUGAAAGUCGGUAAUAAUAAGUUGGUGGAAAUACCGUCUGGUUUGUCAUCCUUGCAAAGAUUGGAGAUCUUGGACCUGUCAAACAAUAGGUUGGCUUCCGUGGAAUGUCUCAAACUUGGCUCAAUGCAUAACCUUCAGAAACUGAAUCUUCAGUACAACAAGCUUCUCAGUUAUUGUCAAAUACCUUCAUGGAUAAGCUGCAAUUUGGAGGGAAAUGGAAAAGACACUUCCAAUGAUGAAUUAUUUAGUUCUGCUGUUGAGAUGGAUGUAUUUGAAGAUAGUGUACAGGAAAUUGACGACAAGAUAUCUCCAAAAGGCUCCCCUGCUACGUCAUCGAGCCAUGUAACUGGAUCCUCAACAAGCAGUCGUUGUUUUGCUGCAAGAAGGUCUAGGAAGGGAUGGAAGCGGCGGUACUAUUUACAACAGAGAGCUCGCCAAGAACGUUUAAACAAUAGUAGGAAGUGGAAAGUUGAAGAUCAUGUGGAGUUGUCGACAGAAAAAGCAGCUGCCAAAUGCAAACCUUGCAAACAUUCUGUCCUUGCACCUCAGUCUCACACAGAAAAUUCAUCAGCCAUUCCCGGUCCUGACAGUGACAAUAAAGGACAGUCUGGAAAGACUGCAUGUGAAUUUGCUAGUGUUAAGGAUGAUGACAUCAGUUCAAAAAAUGAGUAUGAGAUUGAUUAUUGUGACUGUGUCCUGGUUAACUCGGUUGAAAUAUGUAAAGAGGGUGAAAAUGACCGUACAGAAUGUGAUGCAUCUCUAGAUUCUACAUCUGAUGGUGCUCACUUGCAGGAUGAAUGCUCAUCUUCAGCAUUAUGCAACAGUACUCCAAACUCAAAAAGGCAUUCCGAUAGGGAUCUUGAUAAUCCCAAACCUAGCAAAUCUCGGAGACCAAUAGAUGAUCACUCAGAUCUGUCAUCCAAAUAUAGUAGCACAUCAUUUUGUAGCAUUGAUGACCAUCUACCAGAUGGCUUUUAUGAUGCAGGACGAGAUCGGCCCUUCAUGCCACUAAGGAGUUAUGAGCAAACUCUGCAUCUUGACUCACGUGAAGUUAUUCUUUUAGACAGGAGGAAAGAUGAAGAGUUGGAUGCCAUUGCACUGAGUUCUCAGGCAUUGAUGUUUCAUUUCAAGCAGAGCAGUGAUACAACCAAAGAAAGAGAACAGUUUGCAAUCGAUGACUUGCAAAUUGCAUCGCUGCUUGCUCUUUUUGUAUCUGACCACUUUGGGGGCAGUGAUAAAAGUGGAUUCAUUGUGAAAACAAGAAAAGCUGUGUCCGGUUCGAACUAUAGGAAGCCCUUUGUCUGUACCUGCCCAACUGGGAGCAUUGACAGUAGUACAAAACCCUCUAAACAGAGUUCAGACAGUGUAGAAGAUAUUGUUUUCCUUGAUCUAUGUGAAAAAUCUCUUCAUUCUGCAAAAGCAAGGCAAAAAUCCGUUGUGGUUCCUAUCGGGACACUCCAGUUUGGCGUAUGUAGACAUAGAGCGUUGCUUAUGAAGUACCUUUGCGACAGAAUGGAGCCGCAUGUACCUUGUGAACUUGUUCGGGGCUAUUUUGAUUUCUCACCACAUGCAUGGAAUAUCAUUAUUGUCAAGAGGGAUGAUGAAUGGGUUCGCAUGAUAGUUGAUGCCUGCCAUCCACAUGAUAUAAGGGAGGAAACAGAUCCCGAAUAUUUUUGCAGGUACAUUCCUCUGAGCUGGAUUAAUGUUCCUAAUGUGACAGAUAGCAUUGCUGGACCAAUUUGUUCCUUUCCUUCUCUGUCUGCAUGCGAUGAAAUAGAAAAGGCAUCUUCUAGUACUCUCUUCCGGUGUGACUUUGGAUCAAUUGAGGCAAUAGCAAAGGUGCGUACUCUAGAAACUGGUGGGAUUUCUGCAGAUGCAAUUAGGAAUUUCGAGUACAGUUGUUUAGGGGAGGUGAGGAUUUUACGUGCUUUGAACAAGCACUCCUGCAUUGUUGAAAUGUAUGGUCAUCAGAUAUCUACCAAGUGGGUUCAAUCGUUAGAUGGAGAUUCAGAGCAGCGGAUAUUGCAGUCUGCUAUCGUGAUGGAGUACAUAAAAGGGGGUUCCUUAAAGAAUUAUGUAGAGAAGCUGUCUAGAGCUGGUGAGAAGCACGUCCGCGUGGAUCUGGCAUUGCAUAUUGCUAGAGAUGUCGCAUGUGCCUUAGUAGAGCUGCAUUCCAAACACAUUAUUCAUCGCGACAUAAAGAGCGAAAACAUUUUGAUUGAUCUGGAUAGGAGGAGGCCUGAUGGAACGCCAGUUGUGAAGCUUUGUGAUUUUGAUAGAGCAGUCCCCCUUCGUUCUUCCUUGCAUUCAUGCUGUAUUGCACAUGUAGGAGUACCUCCACCAAAUGUUUGUGUUGGAACACCUCGUUGGAUGGCUCCUGAGGUAUUUCGAGCAAUGAUUAAGCCUGACAUGUAUGGGCUGGAAGUGGAUAUUUGGUCGUUUGGGUGCUUGUUAUUGGAGUUAUUAACUUUGCAAGUCCCGUAUUCAGGGUUGUCAGAAUCACAAAUUCAUGAUCUUUUACAGAUGGGGAAACGGCCACCUUUAACAGACAAACUGGAGGAGUCUUUGGGAUCACCAGAUGACCCUGCAAUGGCUCAAUCCAGCACAGAACCUCGGAUACCGGAGGUGGAAUUAGAGACCACGAGAUUUCUCGUUGAUAUAUACAACAAAUGCACCCAAAAUAAUCCAAUGGAUCGUCCAACGGCUAAUAACCUCUACGAUAUGUUACUUUCUCGCACAAACUCUUUCAUUGGUUCAAGAAGCUUGGAAAGAGAAGAGUAGAGUUGCCAUCGAGGUAACUCGUUCCUAUAUUUUUGUAGCCCUAGGAUGUUGAAGACUGACAUCGUUAACCUUUUAUUCUGGGGACCAAGUGUUUGGGUUUUCCCCGGAGUCAGUUGACGCUAUUGUACCAGUCAUUCCAUGUAUCAACUUAAUUAUUCUUUUUACGAGCUUUUUAUCCAGGUGUCUCCAUGUAUCGUGUCCCAAAUAAGAUGUUUUGUUCGAUUUCAAUAGUCUAGGUAUCUAAAAUAUUAUGUAGUCAUCGAUGUAUUUCUCAUUUGAUGUAAGUAGAUCUGAUUAAAGUGCCAGAGCAUUUUGAAUUUUACAGAUUAUUAGUUGGCUUCAAUGAUUGAUUUCAACAGCGAGUUUGUCGAUCUUUA